CCCCAGACAUUGUUGGGUGCAAGCUGCUGAUCUGUGGCAAUGGCGGUGUGGCGUUGCACAGCGACCUUUGCCACAGCCGAGCCCAGAAGCGAUCCCUGCAUUUCAAGGCAACUCUGCGUCAAGUCGUCGAGUUGGAGAACGGCCUCUAAAUUUGAUGCUUCCUCCUGUACAGUUGGGCGUCCGAUUGUUUGUCAUUUAAUUCUGCUUUUAUUUUCUCUCUCUCUGAUUAAAUGCCCUUGGGAUUUCAUUUGACGCCUGGUAUGAGCCUUUCUUGCAGAUACCAAUAAUAGACAUCUAUAGACAUUCUAGCACUGCAAAAUCCCA